CCAACCGAGUGGUUCCUAGAGAUCGCUUGCUGAUAUUUGCGAUGAGUGGAGGGAACCAGGCAAUGGCAUCCCCCAGAAAAUUCACUUCUAUCGAUCGUUUACAUCUCUGUAAAUCAAUUUCCAUUACAACCCGUUCCAAUAUUAUUUUACAGAAAAAACUAUAUACAAAUCCAGAGAUUCUUCUUCUUCCUCCGAUUCUACAGAUUUUUUCUCUUCCUCGUUUUUCGCGGCUUUGUCCUCAUGAUUCCACAAGCUUCCUCGUUCAAUAUCGCCGUUCCACUCUCCGGUUCCCCCCUCGGGCACUCCCGUCACCGACAUGUCGUGCGAGCUCAAGCGGAACCGUCCGAGAAGUCGGUCGAAAUAAUGAGGAAAUUCUCGGAGCAGUAUGCUCGUAAAUCAGGAACGUAUUUCUGUGUGGACAAGGGGGUCACUGCGGUUGUAAUCAAGGGACUAGCAGAUCACAAAGAUACAUUGGGUGCACCACUUUGUCCUUGCCGGCAUUAUGAUGACAAACCUGCUGAAGUUGCACAAGGUUUUUGGAACUGUCCAUGUGUUCCAAUGAGAGAGAGGAAAGAGUGUCACUGCAUGCUUUUCCUGACUCCAGAGAACGACUUUGCGGGCACUGAUCAGGCAAUCUCCUUGGAAGAUAUCAGGGCUACAACAGCAAACAUGUAACCCUUAAUUUCAUCUAGUUGUGUUCAUUAGUAAUUCAUAUUGGGGUUUGACUUGAACGGGUGGAAAUAUACAAGUAUAGUUAUGUAUGUAAUAACAGUAACCUUAUAUGCUGAUGAGACAAUGAAUGGUUCUGCCAUAUCUGCUUCUGACAAAUUAUUAGACACUAAA